CGCCAGUCAGAAUGGAGAAGCAACCCGGAGAGCAAGCGGCCGCCGAGCCCGCGGACUCCGGAGCGGGAGGCGGGGAAGGCGGGUCACCACAGGUCGCCGGCGCCCAGACGGCGCGUCCCGAGGACCGCUUGACCCUGCUGCUCAGGCUAAGAGCACAGACAAAACAACAACUCUUGGAAUAUAAAUCAGUAGUUGAUGCAAAUGAAGAAAAAACUCCAGAACAAAUCAUGCAAGAUAAGCAAAUUGAAGCUAAAAUUGAAGACCUGGAAAAUGAAAUUGAAGAUGUGAAAAUUGCUUUUGAAAUAAAAAAGCUUGCAUUAGACAGGAUGCAACUUUCAACUGCACUUAAAAAAAACCUGGAGAAAAUUAACCCCAAGACUAGUGUGCUCAUGGAUAACAUGAAACAUGUAUUAAAGCUAAACAAAUUAAUAAUGAAAUCACACCAGGAAUCUUGGGAUUUGGAGGAAAAACUACUUGAUGUUAGGAAGAAGAGAUUACAAUUAAAACAAGCUUCAGAAAGUAAGCUUUUAGAAAUACAGACUGAAAAGAACAAACAGAAAAAUGAUUUGGCCAAUAUGGAAAAUUCAGACAAGAUAAAGACCAUACAACAAAACCUGCAGAUGGAGAUACAAAUUACGACAGUUAUUCAACAUGUGUUUCAGAACCUCAUUUUAGGAAGUAAAGCCAAUUGGGCAGAGGAUUCUGCCUUUAAGGAAACCGUUCUACAGCUUGAGAAGAAUCUCACCAUGAUCUAA